AUGGACGGAAAAAAAUAUAAGCCAAAAUCUAAAAGUUCUACCGAGAAAACAGAUUCUAAUGAUGUUACUAAACAGCGGCUCGAGCAUCAUACGAAUUUAUUGAGACGAAUUGAGUAUAACAGUGAAGAUGAUAACGAAAAUACGAAACAUGGAGUUCAUAAGUCUGUCAAUCCUGAAAUAAAAGUGGCUACUGUUCGAAUUGGCGAUGUCUCAUUAAGAAUUACGAAUCCACUGUGCCCGGAAUUGGUCCCUGAUUGUUCUGAACCGUUUUACGAAGAUUCGCAAGAAAUUCUAAACCAUUUAAGAUGGAUAAUGCAAAAAGAGAAACUAGGACAAGACAUGUUUCUUGUAGGGCCUCCUGGUCAUUUGCGUAGGAGACUUGUUCUUAAAUACGCCCAAUUGACCAAUCGAGAAAUCGAAUAUGUACCGUUGUCUAAGGAUUGCACAGAUUCGGACCUUAAACAACGUCGAGAAAUUUAUCAAGGAACUGCAUUUUAUUUAGAUCAAUCUUGUGUAAGAGCUGCCAUUGAAGGCAGAAUGCUUAUUUUAGAUGGGAUUGAAAAAGCCGAAAGAAAUGUACUUCCAAUAUUAAACAAUUUAUUAGAAAAUAGAGAAAUGGCUCUCGAGGAUGGUAGAUUUUUGGUUCAUCCGAAACGCUACGAUUCUCUCUGUAAAACAGUUGAGAAAAGUGUGAUGGAUGAUUGGAAACUGGUCAAGGUACCGGAACGUUUUAUUGUGAUGGCUCUUGGAUUACCUAUUCCUCCAUAUAUUGGGCAUCCGUUGGAUCCUCCUCUUAGGUCAAGGUUUCAAUGUAGAGACGUCAAGCAACCAAUAUUUGAAGAUCAGGUUAAACAUUUGCGCAGAUUGGCACCAAGAGCUAAUCCGGAAAUCUUGGAAAGAUUGGUUUCCAUUGCAACUGUAAUUGGAUCUCAGCAAUUUGAUAACAAUGGUGGAGUUGAAGUACCAGAAUUUCCUGCAUCAGUUGAAUCGAGUAUACUGUUAUUACAAAAUUUUCCUGACAUUAAGCCUCGAUUUUUGUUGGAUUUAAUCUAUCCGUGGCCACUGCUCUCUACAUGUAAUUCUGAACAAAGAAGUGUUAUAGAAGCAACUUAUCAUCGUUUUGGGAUGCUUGGUCACGAAACUGAAACUGGAAGCACGGACGGCAAAAUUUCUAUGCAAAGUUCGCCUGGAUACGUAACCACGGAAAUUCAAACAUCAAAUGACGUGGAGAAAACAAUAUCUGGUCUUUCCCUAUACAAGGUCACAUUAAAAUUUAAAUUGAUUUCAGAUGGUCGCAAAGAUCAUGUUACUUAUGUUCUCGGAGGAUCGGAUAAACUUUCUUCAGAUGAAUUCUUCGUAAAGACAAAAUAUCAUCAAACCAUUUUUGAUGCGAUGCUUAUGGCUCAUUCUAGUGGUGAUUUUUGUCUUAUUGGUGAGAAGGGAGUUGGUAAAAGUGCCUUGAUAAGAUAUUUUGCUAAGAAUCUUGGUUAUGACAUUGAAUACAUUCCGUUAUACAAAGAUAUGUCAGCGCGUGAUCUUCUACAACGUAGGGGCACCACCUUCUCAGGUGAUACCAUUUGGGAAAAUUCGUCUUUAGUGAAAGCAGCAAUUUCGGGCAACCUAGCCCUCAUGGAUGGAAUAGAUAUGUUAUCGUUUGGUACCUUGGUUACAUUACAAAGAUUGGUAAAAGAACGUGAGGUUUCGCUUCCUGAUGGGAGACAGUUGAUUCAUCCAGAAAGAUAUAAGAAAUUGAUCGAGAAGCAUGGGUUUAACAACGAAUCAUUGAAAAAAAAACUUAUAUUUCCUGUACACCCUGCUUUUCGAAUCGUGGCAUUGGGAAGGCCUUCGAAUAGUGGCGAGGGAAAACCGGGAUCAUGGCUUUCUCCGGAGAUUGUGUCAAUGUUUCAGUUUGUAGUCGUGCGCCCGUUGGAUCAUCAGGAAGAAGUACAGGUUCUUGAAACAUUAUCUCCGGGAAUGAAUGCUGAUGCACUUUCCUUACUAUUGAACUUUGCGAAUCGUCUUCGGAGUGAAACCGAUGAAACAAUGCGUUCAUUAUCAAAUUCACUUUCUACACGGCAACUCAUUCGAAUAUGUCGUCGUCUUACCCUUUUCCCGAACGAGAGCCUUUAUCAGGCAAUUCAUAAGGCUUCUCUUUCUCGAUUUCUGCCUUCAUUGGUUAGAUCUGCGUUGGAAGAGUUAAUGAUUAAUAAUGGGAUUAUACCACCAUCUAAACCCGUUAAUAUAGAGCAGCUAAAAAUUGAAUCGCUUCCUUCAUCCGAUGAUCCUAAAAUAAUUCGUAUUGGAGGCGUGGAGCAGCCAAUAACAACGGGAGAGCAUUUGUUAUUAAUCGGAAAUCAAGGAGUUGGAAAAAAUAAAUUAGCAGAUUACUUCUUACAAUUAUUAAAGUUACCUAGAGAAUAUAUCCAACUACAUCGUGACACCACAGUACAUAGUUUGACUGCUACACCAACAAUUGUCAAUGGAAUAUUGCAAUAUGAUGACUCACCCCUGGUCAAAGCGGUAAAGAAUGGAUACAUAUUAGUUGUGGACGAAGCCGACAAGGCGCCCACCUAUGUUACAGCAGUGCUCAGGAAUCUUCUUGAGGAUGGUCAAAUGGUAUUGAGUGAUGGAAGAAGAAUAGUUUCUUCAUCAUCCAAGAAUUCUGAAGAAUGUAUAGUAAUACACAGAAAUUUUAGGGUCAUAGUCUUGGCAAAUAGGCCCGGAUUUCCAUUUCAUGAGAGAUUGGAGACGUUUUUAGCUGUUGAUAAUCCUGAUUCAGAUUCGGAAAUGUUUCUAUUAAGAAAGUAUGCCCCAGAUGUAUCUGAGGAUCUAUUGCUGAAACUUACCGAAGCAUUCAGUGAUCUGAGAAAGAUGGUAGAUGAAGGAUUGAUUUCUUAUCCCUAUUCUACCAGAGAGUUGGUUAAUGUCGUCAAGCACAUGCAGCAAUAUCCAAAGGAAGGAAUGUCUAGAAUAUUACAAAAUGUUUUUGACUUUGAUAAGUAUGACAAAGAUUCUAAGGAUCUGCUUAAAGAGGUAUUUCAGAAGCAUGGAAUUCCUAUUGGAUUAGAAUCAGAAUUUUCCGUAAAGCUAGGAAAGAAGAUACCACUUUCUGGUCCAGUAAUAAGCGAAUUAUGGACAAGAUCUAAUUUUGAAAGUAAGACAUGUGAGGUGAAGGAGAAUCCUGUAUCAUCUAGGGGUGAAUGGAAAUUACAAAUAAGUCAACCUAAAGAAAUUGAUAGAGCAGAAGGUCGAACUGUGACAUUCACGGAACAAAUUUACAGUUUUCGAGUGCCCGCACCUGGAGAAGCUUUAGAUGUUGUAGGUCUCGACGAUGGAUCAUUAUUUGUGGUGACAUCAAGUCCUGUGACAUUACAUGCUAUAGACCAGGAACAUCACAAGAUUUUGAGUAUAGAUCUUUAUGAGUAUUUUCCGUUUCACAAAGCAUCAACUUUCUUGAGGAUGUCCAUAGUUCAACUUCUAGAUGAAUCGUGGUACCUGAUAUUUCACAACCCUACCGAUAAUUCUUUGCUCUCCGUGGAUUUUCAGAGGAAAACAAUUGUUGCUUCAACGUUGACAGGAUUGGGUAUAGCAAGAUCAAUAAUGUUAAAAGACUUUGAAUCGCUUGGAAUUUUAGUUUUUUACCAAAUUGAAAGAUCAUUCAUCGUCCUGGUUGAUUUCAAUACGAAUAUCCAAUAUACAAUUGAAGUUCCUAUCAAGUUGGCUCAACUAUAUUUACUUAAACCCGAUGUAUGGCUUAUCAGAGAUUGUUUUGAAGCUCAAUACUAUAUUGUUUAUGCGAAGCCAAGUGGAACUCAAAUCAGAAUUCCAAGCAUUAUCCAAAAAAUCGAUGUUCAAGGAUUGUUCAAAAAUACUCCGGAGGACAUUACAUAUAUAUCACAAGAAGGGGUUGCACAGCCCAAUGUAUCGUCCGCCCGAUUCUUGCAGAACAAUAAUGAUUCUAUUGCAGUAUCCAUAAUUUCGAAUUUACCCGAGGCUUUAAUAAAUGCCACUGAUUUCAAGCGCGAAGAUUUUGUUAAUGAAAAUGGGAAUGCGCGAUUUCAAGUCAAAAUUCUUUCAUAUAUGAGAGGUUCUGGAGAUGAUGGUAGAAAUUUUCACAAGAAUUUAAAAAAUUCAUCAUUAUUCUUGAGGCGCUCUGGACAAUUAGCGACAAUUAUCCCGUUAAGGGACGGCAGGAGUGAAGGUUAUUUAGAAAUAUUUAAUCCAUCUCAAAAUACUUUAUGGAGGAUCACCAUUCCUCUGGCCAUUCCUACGUCUGAUAGUAUAAUAGGCACAAAUGCAAGUCAUCAGUAUCCGCAGCCUGAAAGAAGUGCGGCCACAUUGUUGGAAUUGUCUAAUGGAAACCUUAUCACUAUGGACAACAGUGGCAUUCUACGCGUAUGGCAAGUUGAUGCUGGACAACUAAUAAAGGCUGCGAAUACAUGGAAAAAUUUGGUCGGGAGUAUUGAUAAACACGCUUUAUCAAUCAUAUACGAAGAUUCUGAGGGGAAAAUAAUCACAGAGACAGCAGAAGACGGUGUCAAAACUUCAGGAGGAGGGUCUGCUGUUGGUAUAUCAGGAAGCGGCGGUGGUGGUGUUAAGGGUGUUGGUGGUGAGGGCGUUAGUGGUGAAGGUACUGGCGGUGAAGGUGCUGGCGGAGGUGGGGGUGAUCCGUUGAACGUGGAGGGACGGCAGCCAACUUUUAUUGAUGUUGCUAAUUUACAAGUCAGGUCUGAAGCAAAAACACCUUUACAGUUGACAGAGGCCCAAAAGGAGUUUCACGAAAUGACAAUGAAAAAGAAAUUUCAACAAAUUAAUAUGACUCAAGAAGAUUCUGAAAUGUAUCAAUCGUAUUUGGUCAAUGUACAACGUGAAAUUCGUCAAUUGCGAAUAAUCUUGGAAAGUACUGAGGCCAAGAAUAAAGAGAGAGUGUGGCUCAAAAAUCAGAGUUCAGGAGACGUUGAUGACACAAAAUUGAUCGAAGGAAUUACGGGAGACAGAAAUAUAUAUAAACGGCGUGGAGAAAAUGAUCCAGAGGUUGGGUUCUUUCAUGAAAAACCAAAAAAGAUGUAUUUUGUAUUCGAUUUGAGUGCCAGUAUGUAUCGGUUUAAUUCGCAUGAUCGUCGAUUAGAUCGAUCAAUGGAAGUUGCGCUUAGUGAGUUCUUCAUGUUUCAUCAUGUUCAAAAAAUGUUCAUAUCGUUGGUUAAGGGCCACAGUGGUGACUCACCUAAUAUAGAAUUUGUUAAAGAGGGGAAAUAUCCACGUACCGAAAAAGAGUCGUUUAAAGUAUUGAGACAAAUGUAUGUACAUUCACAGUUUUGUCUUAGUGGUGAUAACACAUUGAAUGCUGCAGCUCAAGCAAUCAGUGAUAUCGUAAAGGAAGAAGCUGAUGACUACUUUGUCGUCGUGCUAUCUGAUGCAAAUAUUUCACAAUAUAAUAUCGACCCCGAGGACAUAGUAAAAGCGCUAAAAUCAAACGAUAAAGUAAAUUCGUUCAUGAUAUUUAUUGGGUCCUUACAAGAUCAAGCAGAAAAGUAG